CUCUAUAGGAACCGACGGCAUAGGGUACACGUGUUUGCUGACACGUGUACCCUAUGCCGUCGGUUCCUAUAAAGGAACCGACGGCAUAGGGUUAUAAAACAAACCCCUCCCUCAGCUUUCUUCCUCACUCGACCAAACCCAGCCAAAGCACCAAAGAACCAGCACCCAGCAGAGACGAAAAACCCUCGCCGACCACCGCCUCCACCACCCAUUUCUCCCCCAUUUCUCAACCAUUUGAGCCCAUUUUUGUUGCAAAAUCUUCUAUUUUCGAUACUUAAUCCUAUACACCCAAAAAGUUUUAAUUUUUUUCCCUAUUUCUCUGUCAUCCGAACCUAUACAAAAAUAGUGGGUAUAACUCCGGCCACCAUUUUUUGUUGAGAAAACAUUGAAUCUCAACCUCUUUUAAGGUAUAAAUAUAGUUUCUAUUCAUUUUUAUAAUGUACAUUGUUUUAUUUUUAGUUUUUGUAAAUUAUUUUUUGGGUUUUUUAAUUUUAAUGGUAAUAUUGUUGUGUUGUAUGUGUAUAGUGCCCGGAUUUUUUACGGAAUUGCUCGUCGGAUUGCGGUUAUUAGACAUGGCGAACUCGGAAUCAGGAUCUGAUUCGGGAGCAGAAAAUGAGUGUCCAACCACAAUACCUACACGAGGGCCGACGCAAAUGAAUGAAAUAUCCAAACUAAUGGAUCAGGGCAAAAGAGUGGCCCUCGAAGUUAAUGAUAAAGGUCAAUACUGUGGAAAAAGCUACGCGAAGCUCGUAUCCACUCUGGGAGUCAGAUGUCGGCAGACAAUAGGGUUGGCUUAUAAAAAUUGGAAAGAAGUCAACCAGACUCUGAAAAAUCAAGUUUGGAAAGACAUUCAGACGGGGUUCAUUGUGCCGGACACCUUCAAACAUGAUUGUCUCAUCCUAGCUGGGAAGUUAAUGAAAGACUUCAAGAAUAGGAUGACAAAAGACAUCAUAAUGCCCGCGUUGAAAGAGAAUGAUGCGGGACGACUGGCACAAGUCCCUGAAAAGCACCCGGAGAUCGACGCUGCUGAUUGGUGCAAAUUUGUUGAAAGUAGACUAACUCCUGAAUUUCUGGAAUUGAGUAAGGUGCAACGUGAACGUUCCUCAAAAAUUCAAUCCAGACAUCGAAGUGGUCGGAGUGGAAUGGUGAACGUACGGGAAGCUGUGGUAAGUAAUACUAAAAAUUUAAUGUGCUAUAAUGUGCUAUACAAUUUAAUUGGUACUCAUUUCAUUGUUAUAACGUUAUGUAGAAAAAGGACCUCGAAGUUGCAGAUCCUCCCCGCCACCGUGUUUGGAUUAAAUCUCGCACCAAGAGUAGAAAACUUGUCACUGAUUACGACAAGGAAAUUGCCGAGAAGAUAGUAAGUAUAUAUUAAUCCUUA